UUACAGAAGAACGAAAUGUGCAAGUCCGUUUUGAUUCUUGUGGCAACGAGUUUCCUAUGGAUUUUACAGGCGAAAUCGACGGAUCUUGAUAAGCACGAGAAUUGGAAACAUUUACCCACUGAGGAUUGCGGAAAGGCGCCUCCAACGGAUAGAAUCAUCGGUGGUAAAGAGGCAAAGCUGGGUCAAUUUCCAUGGAUGGUUUUCAUAGAAUUUGACGGAGCGUUUUGCGGUGGGGCCUUACUCAACAAAUAUUAUGCGUUGACUGCUGCUCACUGCAUUGGUGCUAGUGUUGACAGCAUAACGGCGACCUUAGGAAUUAUUUUCAAUAAACCUCCAUAUUGUGAGGGUGAUGGUUGUGUCUCCACGGCACAAGUCAUGAACAUCAGUGAAGCUCACAAAUCUGACGAUAUUGACUUAGGUCUGCUUCAAUUUUCGCAACCAGCUGAAUAUAACGAACACGUUCAACCGAUCUGCUUGCCUCGUGGAGAUAUCGUCAACCAUCCGGAAAACUACUUAACGACGGCCAAAGAUUUUCUAACUGUGUCCGGAUGGGGUGUCGUAAAUCAUAGAAAAAGAAUUGACUCACCAUAUCUUAUGUAUGCGAAAUUUGCUCUUGUUGACAUUGAUGGUUGUUCAGAUUGCUGCGGCCCAGAUACAAAAACAGUAUGCGUUGGAGAGAACGGAACAUACGUUUGCUUCGGAGAUUCCGGAUCGCCAGCGGUGCAACUGCAGAAGUUAGACGAUGGUCCUGAAAAGUACUUUAUUUUGGGGACCCACUCUGCUAUAACCGGGAAUGGGACGUGCGAAGAAUCGGUCGGCAUCUUCAUAAAUGUAGUUCACACGUUGAAGUGGAUAUUGGAUAAUGUCAAUAAAUCGUAAUACAAAAAAGAAUUUAAUAAAAACACACAAUAAUAUAUGUUCUCUUCUUCCAAAAGAGAUAAUAUACAUAAACGAAAUAGACAUUAAAACCCCAAAAAAAGAGCUCCUAAUUUGCUAGCUUUGUUUAGCAUUUUCAUAUUCCGUAUUGGAAUAUGAGGAUUCUAAAUUUACUAUGUACAGUUUUUAUAUGAGAAUUUGCUGAAGUCGAUGCAAUCCGGUGUUUUUUAAAUUUUACAUUUACAUAGUAAA